UCUCCCCCCCUUGCUCGGAGCUUUGCAUUGCAGACCCCCUUGGGGGGGAAUUGGAAUGUGUUAGCCACCGUCAACCAGAGCCAUCCUUGCCUUGGGGGCUGUCAUUGACAGCCGAGGAAGGCCGUCUGUCCUGUCGGGAAAACGUCUCGAGGAUGGACGAGCAAAACGCAGCUGGCCCAGAAGCCGAAAGGGACCCAGAGACCAUCAAGUCAGGGAGCAGUGGAGAACACUGGGGGAUUCGUCCGGAGGUCCACCGUCAAUGUUUCCGGCAGUUCCAGUACCAGGACGCCAAGGGGCCCCGAGAAGUCUGUAAGAAACUCCACGAUCUUUGCCAUCUGUGGCUCAGACCGGAGCAACAUGCCAAGAACCAGAUUCUGGAUCUCGUCAUCCUGGAGCAGUUCCUAGCCGUCAUUCCUCCGGAGAUGCAGAGGUGGGUCCGGGAAUGUGGAGCCGAGUCCAGCUCCCAAGCCGUAGCCCUGGCUGAGAUCUUCCUCUUGACCCAGGCCGAAGACAAGAAACAAGAAGAACAGCAGUAUGCAGAAUCGGGCCCCAACUUUCCCGAACCGUUCAAGACGUCCUCAGACGCCCGGCAGAGUGCGCUGCGAAGGUGGAUGAAACACGAAAGUGACGGGACUUCCAUCCUGCAAGGGCACAGUAACAACGGAGGAUGCUGCCGUGCAGGUCACCGAAAGGGAAGGGAUUCUACCAGAUCCUGAGCAGAAAGGCUUCCGCAAGCAAGCCGUGGAGCAAGAUUGCGGACUAAUGGCUGCCUUUGAAGCCGAUAAGUGGGCAGUCGAGAGAAAAGAAGACCCCUCGGUGGGGCUGUCAGAAGGAGAUGGCGUUAAAAAGAGGGAGAAGCAAAGGAGAAAAUCGGUACCGAAUCGGAAAAGGAUGAUGGAGCGGAACGAAUGCCCCGCUUCCCAGAGCAGCAACUUCCAUCAGAAUGCAGUCCAAGAAAAAAUAGAGAAAAUGAAUAUUGCAAAAAUAAGCGAGCCGGCCCGUAAAAGGCAAAGGACGUAUCUGUUCCACAAAGAAUGGGAGGAGCGGUACUGUUUCAUGGACGUGAACGGCAAAUCGGUGUGCCUAAUCUGCUCGUCCACGGUCGCGGUGGCCAAGAAGCACAAUGUCCAGCGGCACUUUGAGAGGAACCAUGGCACCUUCACCAAAAACUACCCCCUCGAUUCCGAGCUUCGCAAAAUGAAAGUGAAAGAGAUGAAGUCCAAGUUUGCCUCCCAGCUGACCGUCUACACCAAACCCGUGGUCCACUCCAAAAACACCACCAUCGCCUCUUUCAAAAUCGCCAGCUUGCUGGUUAAAAGGAACAAGCCCUUUGAGGACGGCGAGCUGCUAAAGGAGGUGUUCCUGACGGCGGCCGACUCGAUUUUCGAAGGCUUCUCCAAUAAGAAAGAGAUCAUGAGCGCCAUACAAAAGCUCCAGUUGUCCGGGAACACCGUUUCCCGCAGGAUCCAAUCCAUCUCUAACGAUCUGGAGUACCAGCUGCAAAGCGACCUGCAGAAGUGCCUCUGGUUUUCCCUGCAGCUGGACGAGUCCACCGACAUCACCGACACAUCCCAGCUGGCCAUGAUCGUCCGGCUGGUCUUUAGCGACCUCGCGGUGAAGGAAGAGCUCCUCAAAAUCCUGUCCUUGAAAGGGAAAACGAGGGGCGAGGAUAUCUUCCUGACGUUCAGGAACUAUGCCGCUGAAACCAACCUCCCACUCCAUAAACUCUCUUCCAUCACGACCGACGGGGCGCCGGCUAUGGUGGGCGCCAUGGACGGCUUCAUUGCUCACUGCCAGAAGGACGAAACUUUCCCGAAGUUUAUUUCGUAUCACUGCAUUAUCCACCAAGAGGCUCUGUGUGCCAAAGUCCUUCAGUUCAAACACGUCAUGGACGUGGUUACAAAAAUCAUAAACUCCAUCCGCGGCGUCUCUUUGCAGCACCGGCUCUUUAAAGCUCUCCUGAAGGACGUCGACGCGGAAUACGGGGACCUAAUCUUGCACACGGAGGUCCGGUGGCUUAGCAAAGGCAAAGUCCUCGCCAGGUUUCUAACCCUGAGGGAUGAAAUAAAGGCCUUUUUAAAAACUAAAGACCAGUACGUGGAACAGCUGGACGAUCGGUUCUGGUUGGUGGAUUUAGCUUUCUUGGCCGACUUGAUGCAAGAACUCAACAGUUUGAACAUUGAGCUGCAUCGAAACGAUAAGCACCUCUCCGGGAUGAUCUCUUCGGUCCACGCCUUCAAAGGCAAGCUGAGGUUGUGGAAGUCGCACCUGCAGGUGAAGUCCCUCCUUCCCUUCCCCUCCAUGAAGCAAGUGGUCGGGGAAAGCGACUUCAACAACGCGCCGUUUGUGGGCUACCUGGAGACUUUGGAGGAACAGUUCCACGCCCGCUUCCAGCAGUUCAGCGGCAUCGAGCCGGUGGUGUCCUUCUUCGAGAACCCCUUCAGCCCCAUCAAUGUCGCGGAGACGGCCGCGGCCAUCGGGGAGCUGUGCCAGGCCUUGGUGGAAGAGGUCGAGAUGGAGAUUGUGAGCCUUCAGAACGACAUCAUCCUCAAAUCCAACUCGAGUCACGCCAACUUUUGGAACCUGGUGGACGCCCAGAAAUUCCCCGUGUUGAGGAAGACGGCGGCGAAGAUCAAGUCUUACUUUGGGUCCACGUACCAGUGUGAGUCCGUUUUCUCAACAAGGAGGUUUAUCAAGUCGAAGAACAGAACACGGAUGACUGACAAGCAUCUGGAUGACUGUUUGCGAGUGGCAAUCUCUUCCUACACUCCCAAUUACAACCGGCUUGCCGAUGGCAUGCAGUGCCAAGCCUCUCACUAAUCCGGAGCCGUGCUGUGAAACCUUUGGCAACAUGUGGCUGUUUGGCACUCAUCAGCUGCUUGUGUAGAGCGGAUUUCACGUUGCCAAUUUUUCUAUUUUCUAUUCUGUGUUCCAUCAAACGGUAGAGAUUCUAGACUUAAAUGUAUACCGAUUUAUUUGUACUGUGAAUAUAAUUAUGUACUGGUGGUCUAGGAGUAAUGUUGAGUUAUACACCUACCUGCCCUCUUUACUAUGCAAAUAAAAUACUUUUUUAUAUGUGGAA